AUGGCGCAGAAGGUGGUACUAAAGAUCAUGACCAUGAAUGAUGAAAAGACAAAGCAGAAAGCUAUUGAGGCUGUUGCUGAUAUUUACAGAGUUGACUCAAUUGCAGCUGAUCUAAAGGAGCAGAAGCUGACCAUCAUUGGAGAAAUGGAUACAAUUGCAAUUGCCAAAAAGCUAAAGAAAAUAGGAAAAAUAGAUAUAGUCUCAGUUGGCCCAGCUACGGAAGAAAAGAAGGAAGAGAAAAAAGAGGAGGAAGAGAAGAAAGAGGAGAAGGAAGAUGAGAAGAAAUGA